AUGGAUGUGAAAUCUAUUGCCAUCAUCGGCGCCGGUUCCGCCGGCCUCGCCGCCGCCAAAUAUCUAAUCGCAGAAAAGAAAUUCUCGCAAAUUGACAUUUACGAGCAGCGCGCCGCGACGGGCGGCGUCUGGAACACGAGCCGCCACGUCCAGCGCGAGCCCGGCUUUGCCAUCCCGCGCACGGCGCCGACCUCGGAGCACGAGUAUGCCGCCGUCGUCGACGAGGAGGACCGCCGCCAGCCUCACGUCGAGCUCGUGUCGCCCGUCUACGACAACCUGGAGACCAACAUCCCGCACGGCCUCAUGAGCUACACGGAUCUCAAGUUCCCCGCCGACACGGCGCUGUUUCCGGAACACCAGACGGUGCUGGCCUACCUCCAGCAGUACGGCAGGCAUGUCGAGCACCUGGUCACCUUUGAGACGCAGGUCCAAGAUGUGAGAAAGGUGGCCGCGGAAGCACAGGGAGGAGGAAGAUCUGUCUGGAGAGUGACGAGCAAAGACUUGAGAUCCGGCGCCGUGUCCACCAAGCUCUACGAUGCCGUCGUCGCGGCCAGCGGGCACUACAGCGAUCCGUUCGUGCCAGACGUCCCCGGCAUUGCCGAGUUUGAGGCCGCACACCCUGGCGCCAUUGUCCAUUCUAAAUUCUACCGCCGACCAGAGCAAUUCACCGGCAAGAAAGUCCUCGUCGUUGGCAACUCGGCAUCCGGCAUCGACAUUAGCAACCAGAUUGCCACCGCGUCGCAGCUCCCCGUGCUCGUCUCCGAAAAGGAUCCUCCUCCUGGCACCGCCACCGCCACGCCACCUACCACCACCGCCUGGUCGCGCCACGUCGGCCAGAUCACGCAGCUCCUGCCCGCCACGCGCAGCGUGCGCUUCUCCUCCGGGCACGUCGAGGACGGCGUCGACGCCAUCGUCUUCUGCACCGGCUACCACUACGCCUUCCCCUUCCUCGGCGCCCUCGCGCCGCCGGUGGAGGCCCCGGACGGGUCGUACGCGGACCACCUGUGGGAGCACAUGCUGUAUGCCCCGGACCCGAGCCUCGCGUUCCUGGUGAUCCCCAAGCGCAUCGUGCCGUUUCCGUUUGCCGAGGCGCAGAUGGCCGUGGUGGCGCGCAUGUGGGCGGGCCGGCUGGACGUGCCGACGCGGACGGACAUGGACGCCUGGGUGCGGCGGCGCGUCGAGGCCCAGCCGCCGGGAGCGAGGCACACGUUUGGGUACCCGGAGGAUGUUGACUACAUUAACAGACUGCAUGCGCUGAGCGCGCAGGCUCGGCUCGAUGGGGGGCGCGGGCUGGAGAAUGGCGGCGCGGGCAAGGAGCCGCCGUACUGGGACGAGGAGACGAGCUGGGUGCGCUCCAAGAUAUUCGCCAUCAAGGUCGCGAGUCGUGAGCUGGGAGAGCGUCGCAAAGAGUGCAAGACGCUCGUGGAUCUCGGAUUCGACUAUAAUGCUGAAGAGGAAGAAUAG